ACAAAAAUAUCUUUUGGAUCCAAAGUAUAUGACAAAGCGAGACAUGCAACACUAUUAUCGCUACUACCACAGCGCAGCAAAAGGUCAGCGAAAAUGCAGAAAAGUUAUUUUCCUCGUGUUUUGUGUUUGUUCGGUCGCUUACUUGUUCGUUGACUAUAAUCUGCGUUCAAAAAUCAUUCAGUUUCGUGAUCGCUUCGAGUUUUUAGCUCGUGUUGACGCCGACUAUAAUGUUACACAAGCAUACUUUGUGAAUACGCCAGGUUGUCAUAUGCCAUAUUUCGACGUCACCAAUUAUCGAAUUCUUCAAUACAUGGGUGCGCCGCCCAAUCUGACCUGUGAGAGAGCACUUACUAGCACAAGCGAAAUCGGUUCUCGUUUGUGGUGGACAAUGACGGAUGAGGAGUUGAUGCACCGUUACAAGAUAAACGAUACCAAAAGGAUCAAGUGUCAUUAUGCUUCACUCAAACGCAAUCAUUCAUUAACAAACAGUACUUUCGAAGGAGCAGUUCCAUUUAAAUUGGCUUACAAUCAAUCAAUCCAAAUUUCUCCUCAGACUGAAUGGAUAAGAGUUCGUUGUUCGCAUAGCAAAACGAAAAAAAUCUUUUACGAAGAUUACCAUUUUUUUGCUUUAGAUAAAAGAAAGCCCACGGAGAGCAUACAAGCCAGAAGGUCAGAAAAAAUUUCCGAAAAUAAACGGCUUCGAAACGUAAGAAAUGAAGAAAAAUUAAAUGUUAUCUCAAAUGCUAAUACAGGCGGCAGUUAUGAACCUAGUGAAGAACAUACACAAAAACUGUCGGUAAUGCUUCUUGGUAUCGGUAGUGUAUCACAUUUAAAUUUUUUGCGGCACAUGAAACGCACCGCUGCUUAUAUUCGCAAACGUCUUGAUUUUGUCGAGUUCUGGGGUUUUAAUAAAUUAGGUGACAAUGCCUACACUAAUCUAAUUCCACUUCUUACUGGCCUGGCGGCAGAUGAACUGAAAUUAUCUUGCAUGCGGCCGAGGGAAUUACUACAAUAUGUAGAUGAUUGUCCAUUUAUUUGGAAACGAUUUAAGGGAACCGGAUAUAUGACGGCUUUCCUUGAGGAUGUGGCCAAAACUAGUUUAUUUAGCGCGGACACAAUCUUCAAACAUAAUCCAACCGAUUAUUAUAUGCGACCUAUUGUUAUGGAAAUGGAGAACAACAUUGGCUACUAUUACUCAGUAAAUGUUGAUUUAUGUAUGGGAGGACGUCGCACCGUUGAUUUAGUACUUGAAAUGAUCCAUAAACUAAUACCCUAUCUUCAAACGGACGACUUCUUUUCUCUGUUUUGGUUAGUAUCUAUGACUCAUGAUUUCAUAUAUAUGCCAAAACUUCUUGACAACGAUUUUGUUAGCUUGUUCGAGCGUUUUGAAGCCUCUGGUAUUCUGAAUAAAACAAUCAUUCUCUUAUUGAGUGACCAGGGUAUGCGCUGGGGCUCGUUUCGUCGAACUUACCAAGGCAUGAUGGAAGAACGCCAACCCUUGCUCGUUGCCAUUUAUCCAUCUUGGUUUAAACAAAAAUACCCCGAAGCCGUUGCCAAUUUGGAAAUCAACUCGAAGCGAUUAACGACCGCCUAUGACGUAUAUGCCACUAUAUUGGAUCUUCUGAAUUUAAACAAUUUACGAUCACCGGAAUUAAAGUCCCGCGCUAAAGAGCUGCGUGAUGCUGAUAUAAUGCCUCGAGGUAUAAGUCUAUUUCUUCCUGUGCCGGAGACGCGCACUUGUGAAAACGCUGGCAUUGCAUCCCACUGGUGCGCUUGCCAUCAACGCACUGAAAUGCCAACCAACGAUGGUCGCGUACAGGCUGCAGCACGUUACGU